GAUAGAUAAGUUUUUCGUUACUUCAAUACUAAAUAUUCUUGAUUUUUAUUUUUGCAACGUACAUAUAUCAUACAUGGAUGACAAAAGAAAUAAUGUAUAUAGAAAACGUUGGUAUAUGAAAAGAAAAGCAACCAAACAAACUAAAACAAUAACAAAUACAAAUGAAACAUCAGCAAAGCGGUUACGAAGUCCUUCCAAAGAUAAUACGUCUUUAUAUAUCCAUGAAAAUACAAAUAUUUCGUACUAUGGAUGGACAUUAUAUUUUGACGAGCAAGAAUAUAAAAACUCUUCUGAUACUAUAAGAAAAGUUAAAGCUGUUGAACAAUUCCUAAAAAAUUAUUCAGAUAUAUCAUCAUUUCUUACAUUAGGAAAUUUAGAGGCUGGUAUGACUUUCAAAAUUGACUUUAAUAAUUUUUUUAACGACAAUACGUUUCUAAAUGAAUGGAAUAACUUUAAAAGUGAUAUACAAGAAAAACCGAUAUAUACAAUAAAUUGCAUCAAACUUGCAAUUCAUCAGAAUAUUUUAAAUACCGUGCCAAAGGAAAAUCUAAAAAGUGUUUUGAAUUCAAUAAAUCUAUUGCCUGCAGUCAAAAUAAGAAUAUUGAAUUAUGGACAAACCGUUUGUUUACGAGAUAUUAAAGUGAAUUCCUAUGGAAAAUUAAUAAAUACAAGAGGAUGCGUUGUAAGAGUUGGACGAACAAAGCAGCUUGCUCAAUGGUUUGUCUUUGUAUGUUCAAAAUGUGGUUUAGAAAAAAUAGAAAAACAAUCGGAGGGAUUUUAUAUAGUGCCUAAAAAGUGUACGAUUUGUGGUGUAUCAACAUUUCAACCAGUAUUGAAUUCGCCUUAUGUUAGAACUAUUUCUUUUCAAAUGAUUAGAAUACAGGAGAUAAUAAAUAACGAACAGGAAACUAAAGGUAGAAUGCCUAGAAUAUUGGAUGUAAAAAUUGUGGAUGAUUUAGUAGAUACUUGUAUGCCAGGAGAUGAUUUGAUGCUUACAGGGAUCGUUAAAGUUCAAGGAAUUGAUGAUAAUACGUUUAAAGGACAUGUUGCAGCUUCGUUUUCUUUUUAUAUGGAAGCUUUUACAAUAGUUCAUAACAACAAGAACGUCAAUAACAAUAAUACUGAUAAAAAUACAGAGAAAAAGUGCAUAAACACAGACACUGUUGCUAGCGAAAUGAAUAUAAAAGAUUAUCUUGCAAUUAAGGAGAUAUAUGAGAAGCCUAAUAUUUUUGCAUUACUAGUACAUUCAUUAUGCCCAGGUAUAUAUGGUCAUGAAAUGAUUAAAGCUGGAUUACUGUUAAGUUUGUUUGGUGGAAAUGCAAAACAUAAAGGUUUACGUGAUCAUAUACAUGUUCUUAUAGUGGGAGAUCCUGGUCUUGGCAAAUCUCAAAUGUUACAGGCAUGUUCGCGUGUAUCUGCCAAAGGUGUGUAUGUCUGUGGCAAUUCAAGUACAUCUUCAGGAUUAACCGUUACCCUCACAAAAGAAAAUGGGACAAAUGAUUUUGCACUAGAACCUGGUGCUUUAGUAUUAGCAGAUGGUGGUUGUUGUUGUAUCGAUGAAUUUGAUAAAAUGUCUGUGCAACAUCAGGCUCUAUUAGAAUCUAUGGAACAGCAAAGUGUUAGUGUUGCUAAAUCCGGGAUACUGUGUUCCCUUCCUUCUAGAACAUCGGUUCUUGCAGCUGCGAAUCACAUUGGUGGUAGAUACGACAGAAGCAAGACAAUUUUACAAAAUUUAAACAUAAGUCAACCUCUUCUUUCUAGAUUUGAUUUAAUCUUUUUACUCUUGGAUGAUCCAGAUAAAAAACGCGACCAUUUAAUAUGUAAACAUAUCAUGUCGUCCCAUAUUGGUACAAAUAAUAAGGCAGACAAGAGUCCAAGUAACGAUAAAUCAAUACAGUCAAUGUCACAAGAUGAUUCUUUAAGAGAAAAAUUAAUGUCUCCAUUAACACAAUCUAAAGAUAUCAUACCACAAAUUAUACUGAAAAAAUAUAUCCUAUAUGCCCGUCAAUAUGUUUAUCCAAAACUAACUGUUAAGGCGGCAGAAGUAUUGCAAAAGUAUUACUUAGAACUCAGAUCAAGGAACGUAGAAUUUGGCGGGGUACCUAUAUAUAAUAGACAAUUAGAAGCAAUGAUCAGACUAACCGAGGCCAGAGCAAAGUUGGAAUUACGUGUUGAGGCUACAGAAUCGGAUGCUCUAGAAGUAGUAGAAAUAUUGGAGUACACAAUGAUGAACAUGUUCGAAAAUUCAACAUUGAAAUUACCAUACAGAAACAAACUUACAGAGGGAAAAGUAAAAAUGUUUAUAAGGUUACUAGAAAAUGAAAUCAAAUCAAAUGUACAAAAAUAUUUUUCAUUAUCGCAGCUGAAAGAAAUAGCUGUAAACGGGGGUAUUAAUAUACAAGAUUUCACUUCGUUUUUAUCAAAAUUGAAUGAGCAUGGUGUUUUAUUACAGAUCGAUAGAAAUGUUUAUAAAUUCGUUAACAUUUAAUGGUUCUUACAAUUGAUGUUACAAUGAUCAUGUUAAAAAGAAAAUAUACAUAUUUUUUACUAAUAA